AUGCUCACCCUCCGAUCUUCAUCAGAUACCGUACGCGGAUUCCCAGCUACAAAGCGCGAUAUGAUACGGCAACCAUCUGCUGAGGACCUUGAUGCUGCACACCAGCUGGUUUCGUCUGCGAGAGGCGUCGCGGAUUUCCGGACUGAUAACUUUGACGCCAGCCGGUCGACAGACGGAGAUAAGGGGAGCGUCGGUACUGGUGCAGCCAUGGACGACGCGGCCUCGAGGGACCAAAAUCAGAGCGAGCCGCAGCAGCAGCAGCAACAACAACAACAGAAUCAAACCCCAGAGCUGGCUUCGGCGCCCGAGAGCUCAAGUCGUUCGAGAAUGUCACCAAAGGCUUCACGGAAUACAGAUGUCUUCUUGGGCCACCAGUGCGUAAACUGUGGAACAAAACGAACUCCUUUAUGGCGUAGGUCACCGUCCGGUUCGACCAUCUGCAACGCGUGCGGCCUGUACCUUAAAGCUAGAAACACGGAUAGACCAACAAAUCGAAUUCGUGAUCCCGAAGCAAACGCAACCGGCGGGUAUGCGAAUAGCUCAACUUCAGACCCAAGAGCCUCUCCUGCUGCAAGUGAUAUAUCUGCUCAGAAUGCAUCCGGCUGUGGCUCUGGCUCUACUCCAGCAGGCACCUGUCCCGGCGGAGGAAGCUGUAACGGAACUGGUGGCGCGGUAGGAUGUGAUGGAUGUCCGGCAUACAAUAACCGCGUAUACAAGGCGGCCCCUCGAGCUACUUCAGUUCGUCAAGUGAGACCAUCGCCAUCCGCUCAGACAAGCGAAGAACAGGCUCAGAGCGGGCUAGAUGCUUUAGAGAGUGCAUCUCAGGAUGCGAGUGGGAUGCCAAAGGCUUGUCAGAACUGCGGUACCACCCUUACUCCACUCUGGAGGAGAGAUGACCAGGGGAAUACUAUAUGCAACGCCUGUGGCCUCUAUUAUCGGCUUCAUGGGAGUCAUCGACCAGUUGCUAUGAAAAAGACCGUCAUCAAAAGACGGAAACGGGUCGUCCCAGCUCUUAGAGAUCGUUCUCCAGGAGCCGGGUCUUCAGAAAAUUCUUCAGUCUCCCCUGAGCUACAGUCUGCCAGUCUUUCUACAGGCAACGCCGAUACCAAUGCCUACCCUCCGUCUGAGCAUAGAGGACACCCCUACGGAGCUGCUCAGUUCCCCCAUAGUGCUCCUCCUCCCCCUAUUGACUUCACAGGCUAUUAUAGCAAACCAGCACAAUCUACUUCCUCCCCCGGCCUAAAUACCCUGAUCAACCACUCCCCCAACACCAAGAAACGAACUCACUCUGAAAGCACGUCUACCGAAACCGCACCCCCAGCAACCCGCAUACAGACUGAAAUGCCAGCCUCCGCACACCUUCCUCCCAUCAACCCAGCCGGUGCUCGCGCUCUAUCCAACUCAGGCCGUCUAAGUUCAAUCUCCUCUUUGCUCAACCACACAGAUCCCGGUUUUACCGAAGCCCACGUCGACUCUGCUCUUGGCUCAAACCCACCAGCGAGAUCCCAGACACAAACACAGCCGCAACCUGGCACUCGCUCUUACUCUCCGAAUCCAGUGAAUCCUCCGUCUACUCAAGCAGCGCAUGGCAGCCAUUCUCUCCCCCCGCCGCCUCUUGCCGCGACAGCUGAGGAUAACGUCAAGGCAGCCAGACGUGCCCAGCUACAGCGUGAGGCGGAGAACAUGCGUGAGGCCUUGCGAGCAAAGGAGAGAGAGCUGGCUUCGUUGAAGUAA